CCAUGAAAAACACCCUAAAAAAGCGAGAAAGGUCAAAAGAAAGAAAAAAAAAAGGCAAGGAAACAAGCAAAAGGGCGAAGAAGAAGAAAAGGCAGUAAAAAUACCCACCUGUUGGAGCAGAUCGACGCGACGACGUCCCCCACUUCCAUCUCCGGCGAAUGGCGUCGCGUCUAGCCGCCCGCCUCCUCAACCGCCCCGCCGUCACAUUAUGCUUCUUAAGGAAUUGUAGAAAUGUCAGGCAUUUCAGCACUCAGCUACUCGAAGGUGUUCCCAGAUGCUCACAGCCAACUCGUGGACGCUAUUUCCUUUCAAAUGCUUCUCCUUAUCAACUUUGGACUAGAUCAUUUGCUUCAGAGAAAGGUGACAUGGUUGAAGCUGUUGUUCCCUUCAUGGGUGAAUCCAUAACUGAUGGAACUCUUGCCACCUUCUUAAAGAAACCCGGUGAUAGAGUUGAAGCCGAUGAACCCAUAGCUCAGAUCGAAACUGAUAAGGUUACGAUGGAUGUUGCCAGUCCAGAAGCUGGGAUAAUUGAAAAGUUUGUUGCUAGUGAAGGUGACAUUGUUACUCCAGGUGUCAAAGUUGCUAUCAUAUCUAAGAGUGCUGUAUCAAACAAGACACAUGCGCAACCAUCUGAAGAUGCCUCUCAGGAGCAGAGCUCUCCACUACCUUCUGCAGAGAAAAACAAGGUUGAGGCUAAACCACACAAAGUAGAAUCCAAAAUAGAACACACGUCAAAACUAGCCUCCUCUUCAGAACCACAACUCCCCCCUAAGGAAAGAGAGAGACGAGUGCCAAUGCCAAGGCUUAGGAAGCGUAUUGCAAACCGUCUAAAGGAUUCACAGAACACUUUUGCGAUGCUAACUACAUUCAAUGAAGUUGACAUGACUAAUUUGAUGAAGCUUCGUUCUGAUUACAAAGAUCAAUUUGUUGAGAAGCAUGGUGUCAAACUGGGCCUGAUGUCCUGCUUUGUCAAGGCUGCUGUUUCCGCGCUUCAAAACCAACCAGUUGUUAAUGCUGUCAUUGAUGGUGAUGACAUUAUCUACAGGGAGUACAUCGACAUUAGUGUUGCUGUUGGAACUUCCAAGGGUCUCGUGGUGCCUGUUAUCCGUGAUACAGAUAGCAUGAACUUCGCUGACAUAGAGAAGGGAAUAAACAACCUUGCAAAGAAGGCAACUGAGGGGGCAUUGUCUAUUGAUGAUAUGGCAGGAGGGACCUUUACCAUCUCAAAUGGGGGUGUUUAUGGAAGCCUUAUCAGUACACCUAUCAUUAAUCCCCCACAGUCAUCAAUCCUUGGAAUGCAUUCCAUCGUUCAACGCCCUGUGGUUGUGAAUGGCAGCAUCCUGUCAAGGCCAAUGAUGUACCUUGCACUGACAUAUGACCAUAGGCUGAUCGAUGGCAGAGAGGCUGUUUUGUUCUUGCGCCGCAUCAAGGAUGUUGUUGAAGAUCCACGAAGGUUGCUCCUUGACAUAUAGUUCCGUGCGUCACAGAAGGUCUAAAAGGUUUUCACUCAUCGUUCCAAAAUAAAUCAUAAAUACAUGCAGAAUUUUGACUUGUGUCAUGGUUCCUCAUCUGAAAAGAGGGAUUUCGUUUACCAGCCUCAUUUUGUACCAGAGGGCACAACGGGACACAUUUCUUUAUUUCCUCGAUAUUUUACUUGUUGGGACGAGGCUCCCUGAUGUUUUCA